AUGGAGGCUUAUUAUGUCAAGGAGAGGCGGCAUGGGCAUGCGAAGACUUCGGGGUUCGUGCCGUCUGUCGGCCUGCGAGGCGGCAGAGUGGUCGAGGACGACUCACACUCCUCAUCGCCCCAGGGGGACACGCCUGAUGACACUUCGGUCAUCCGCGCCACCUCCCUUGUUACCACCCUCGGGGGUCCCUCCCUCGGCAGCGAGGAGAGCUGGCUUCCGCUGUACGGUUACCAAGGCGUGGUCUGGUUCCGCACGGACAUGCUUUACACAUUCGUCGACGCCGUCGACAGGCUACUGUGUCUCGACAACCGGGCGGGGGUGAGUUACAGCCUGUACCUUAUGGACAAGCGCAAAAAGUACGCGACGCAGGCCGAGCGGGACGAGUUCCUCGGCGACCUUGAAGGAAACGGCGUGACUGUCUGGGCCAGCGGUGUUGGUGACUACAGCGACGACCUGUUUGCCCUGCACUGGCUCCUCGACCGGAUCGGGGUGACCGAAGAGGAGCAGGAGGCAUCCCAGAAGGCUAUUUUCGUCGCUGGGCCGGCCGACCCAAUCCCCUGGGCCUGGGAGCCCAACGCUUCUCACCGUGUUCAAAAAGUUGCACUCUCUUGGCCAUACGCACGUAGCUUCAACCGGCCCGACGUUGCUUACCUUCGAAUGCCCGAGAAUCCUGCCGACGCCAUUUACACGAACCAGUAUGGACCGUGGAUGGCCAAUGUGUGUCGGGUACUCGCCGCCGGCCGAAUCCCCGGCCGCCCCGGUUAUCCUGCUGUCCCAGAUGCCUGGUUCACCCUAGGCCGUGGCCUUAGGAACAGCGAGAUCGGUGCAUAUGGCGGCUUAGUCUUUCCGCCACAGCUCUGGGAAGCAAUUGUCGAGAAAUGGGAGAACGACCAGGCCGCCCAGGUCAAUCUUGAAGCCGUAACGGGCCCCGAGAGGGACGACGGGAGCAGCAAUUGUUGGCACUUCUUCCUCCCUGGCACCAGCUCCCCUUACCAGACGCAGUAUAUCUCCCCUUACGAGAAGCAGUAUAUCCCACACAACGAAGUGGGCGACGUCGUGGUGGUGCGACACAGGAUCAUGGCCCUGGUGACCCGCUUCAUGUCAGCAGCGAGCAUUGCCGCCAUGCAGUACCUCCAAGUGUAUUUGCCGGGUACUGGGUUCUUUCUCGAUUCAGCAAACGCUCCCGACGUUACCAUACCGAUGACUGGUAAAACCAUGGAUUUGGCAUUCCAGCCCGUCGUGGACCUCAUGGUUAAAUGGAUGGAUCGGCUGAAGGAAAAGCAAGGGGUCGCUCCGGUGACAGACGGGCUGGGCUUAUUUCCCCAGUUCCUGUCACUUCGACCUGUGUUUAAGGAUUACCUCAUCCUCGACGAGGAACAAGUCGCUGAACCUUUGCCCUGGGACCCGAGAACCACAACCGUGGACCAGUUCCGGCGUCUUGCCGGCCGGGUGUUCUCAAAGGCUGGACAAAAGGAGUUGUACUCACCUGAUAAGUCAUGGAUUGCCAUCAUGCACUACCCUCUGGGGGGACCCAUCGAGGCCUGUGAUCCGAGCGAGAGCAAACCAAGGCUCCUUGUCGGCCCCAAGACCACAGAAGUUGAGUGGCGGUCGAUUCGCAAAAUGAUAGUCGACCACAUUCUGUACAUCUGUCUGCUCGACAAAAAGAGCCUGCCUCGGUUCGGAGACCUGAAGAGCAAGCAGCCUUUCGGGUUCAACGACAUCUACGAGACGCCGGACGCGCUGCUGUACCACCAGCUCCACCAGGGCAAAAUCCCGGUUUCUAAGCGCCAUUACGACUGGCAGCUGAAUGAAAAGCAUGUCUCAAAUGAGUUGGGCACAGUCCAGCCGUGGGAGGAGCAGCCGAUACCCCUUUCCACACUUUACGCGCUUACGCGCUUUCCUUUACGACCGCCGCCGGGUACCAAGCUGCCUGUGGCAGUUGAAGGUUCCCGAGAACCGAAGCCAAAUACGUUGCGCUCGGAUGAUGCACACGUGCGGACGCCCCACGACUCCAUGAACAGUUUUGGGUUUCGACCUGUGACGGACGUCGAGAAGGGUCAGCGCCUGCGGGAGCGUAGCUACGCCCACCCGCUGGAUGUGCGGAUGCACAUGUCGGUGCCCAUCAACGCGCCGCCGGUGGACAGGUUGCUUGACCUGAAACACGACAGUGUGCCGGUUGUCUCCCUGUCCGUCCUGACCCCUACGGAGGUCCGUCGGCUGCAGCGGGAUUACCACAACAUGCGAAACCUAGCCUUGUCCCGCAUCCAGCGGUGCCCAUAUCCGAACUGCGAUGCCGUGUAUCCUGCGAAUAAAGCGGAGAAGAUGGAGAAGCACCUGCAAGAAAAGCACCUGGCAGAGAAGUGCAACUUCUGCGACGAGCAACUCUUUGCACACUGGACGCCGGAGUGGCGAUAUCACCACAUGGUGGAAAGGCACUCGGACGUUCUCGGAUCCUAUGUGCAUGAAAGAGAGGACGACAGCGUCCGAAUUCCCGACGAGGGCCGGACGGACCGCACUCGCGAGGGGUCCUGGAUCUAUUGCUCUCGGUGUGGGCGCCACCACAUAAUGCUCAACGUGGGCGCAGAUCGGCAGCAUCAUGACAAUGUCUGCUACCCCGGCGUGCAGGAAAAGGAGUCGGACUGGGUGGCGUGCGGCACUUGUGGGGAUCGUAUUACUGAUGCGAGCGUGCAUGACCAUGACGACAGCGAGGAUGCUGACGCCGAGAAGCGUUUCUGUGAGGAGUGCGCGCUCCCCUUAGGUCCAUUCUCCGAGAUCUACCGGUCGAAGCACCUCGCCUUCUGCAAGGGCCACGGGCGUGACGAUGCUCAGUAUUGCCCUUGGUGCGGCAUCCAGCUUGACGACGAUCUCGAGGCUCGUAUGGAGCACAUUGGCGGAUGUGGCAACCUACCGUUCCUUCAUGCCGAAGGUCCCAUCGAUAUGGCGCGACGGGCUUAUUUCCCACCCGGUCGUGGUCGUGUUGCGGCAACAAGCGGCCGAGCCGGGGAGCAAGCUACCAAGCGCCGUAGAAACGAGAAAGCGGCAGAGGUGGCAUCUAAAGCCCAAAAGCGGCCCACGAAGAGGUUAGUUCCCUUCGCCCCUUAUCGCAGCAUUGCUGACCAUGGUAGAAUGAAAAUCACCGUCCCCCAACCGAGCACUGCUGGCGAGGCCUCGGCAGAGGGCAGUUCGCCCCUCUCUGCGCCGCCGAGCACCUCCCACUCACUCCCGCCGCCUCCGCCAUCGGCGCCGGCGCCGGCAACCCCAGCCAAGGCAGCCGGGAAAACGGGGGCGAAAGCGAAGCCCUCCCCGAAGGCCCCCAAAAAGACCCCAGCGAAGGUCCCGGCCAAAGCCAAACCAGCACCAAAGGCCAAAACAACCCCGCCCAAGACCACAGCAGCAACACCCGAACCCAAAACCACAACAGCCCGCCCAACCCCCAAACCCGCCGCAGCCCCCAAAAAGGCACCACCAGUCACACCCCCGAAACCCCGCAAAACCUCCCUCACACCAUCGUCCACCACCACCAUGCGAACACGCAACCAAGCCAAGCGCGAAGCCGAAGCUGCCGCCGCCGUCGACACCUCCCCCUCCUCCACUGACGCAGAACAGCAGCAGCAGCAGCAGCAGUACCAGGAGGCCGAGGAGGUGCAGGAGCAGCAGGUCACGGAAAAGAGCGUCUCAGCCAAGGUCGCGCGCACAGUGUCCUACGCCGAGCCGCUCGAGCGCGGGGCGUCGCCGGUGCGCGGGGCCGGGGCGCGACGGUUGGGGCCGGCUAUCCAUUUGGCGGGGGUUGGGACGCGGUGGGGGUAUUAGUGACGACCCGAGGUGAAGGGUUGGAUGGGGGUGGGGUGAUUUGGGAU